AUGGCCGCGCAGAGCCCUUUCCGCCGCUGGAAGCCCUUCUUCGCCGCCUUCGCCAGCAUCGACGCCGCGAUCGAGGCCGCCGACCCUGACCUCUGCCGCGACGAGUUCCGGCGCAUCAGGGGAGACAUCUUGGAGCUGCUCUGCAACGCCACGGACGACGCCCGCGAGGCCGAGCGGCUCUGCCUCGUCCUCGACGAGGUCAUGGCCGAAUCCCUCGAGACGCUGCGGCUCGUUCCUGCGAUGCCGACGGUUCUUGCCACCACCGAUCUCGCCAAGGCCGUCGGCGCUCUGCUGAAGCACGACUCGGAGCGAGUUCGCGUCCUCGCCAGCGGCAUCAUGAGCCGGUGGAGGGCGUCGGUCCAGGACGAACUCGUCACGGUCCAAGCGGCCAUGGAGAAUCUGGACCAGAUUCCGCUGCCCAGCAACAAGAAGACCGUCGCCGGCCAACAGCAUGUCCCUGCAACCAAGAAACCGGCCGCCAGCAAGAUCCUCGAGACGACAGCCAAGAAGAUGAUGAAAAUCAAAGAGGCGCCGCUGCCGAAGAAGGUGUCUCCCGCUCCCGCCGUUAGCGUCGUCCGCGGCGACCGUGCCGGGCUCUGCUCUGCCGACACGAUCAUGGAGGCCACAAAGCGCAAGUUCCAGGAAGGGUACCAAGAAGCGGAGAACGCGAAGCGGCAGCGCAGGAUACAAGUCGUGGAGGCGCCGGAGAUGCUGAAGCAGAGGCAGCGAAAGAUGCACCCGAUCAUCAAGGAGAGGAGCCGAGCAAAGUGCGGGAGCUCCAUGAUGGUCAAGAAGACCAUCUCCGUCUCCAGGCUUGCUUCAUAG